AUGCCACCACGCGCCAAGUCAAAGAAGUCCCGUAAGGCUCUUGAGCGGAAAGAGAAAAAGUUACUAGAAGCCAAAAUAAAGGCAUCACAAUGUAAAUGUGAAGAGGGCCAGGCCUUUCUUGAACCCGUUGGUCGCAAUGCAUUACCGAACUAUGCAAAAGCUAUAGCUGCCCUUGAAGCAGCGAUAGAAAUUUAUGAUGGAAAUGCAGAUGCCUACCUUCUUAUGGGGGAUUCUUAUCGUGGACAGGAGGAAUUUGACAAGGCAAUUGAGUACUAUACUCAAUGUUUGGGGAGAGACCCUACAAAUGCCAGGGCCCUUGAGGGACGGGCGGCCAGCUAUGCAUCUCUAAAGAAAUGGUCACUAGCCUUUGAAAAUUAUACCGCUGUCAUUCAUCUCGAACCGGAAAAUGAUCACUUAUAUAAUCUUAGAGGUCUUUGUACAUUAAGUACACGUGUACCUGGGUUGCGGUUACUUUCUGUGGAGUUUAAUCAAUGCGUGAGUGAUUUUAAAACGUCCAUUCGUCUCAAUGAAGCGAAUUAUUAUGCCUGGGCAAAUCUAGGAAGAACAUACGAAGAUCAGGGUUUGUUGGAAGAGGCAUUAAAAGCCUAUUCAUCUGCUUUGAAGAUAAAGGAGGAUUAUGAGCAAGCUUGUUUACGUCGAGGUUGUCUUGCUUUUCGUAUGGUGGAGAGUAGUUGGGAGGGAGAUGAUGGCAAAACAGGUAAUGAGGUUAGAAGAGCAGAAGAAAAUAUUGAGGCCAAUUCUGGGAAGAAAUCCAUUCCGAAAUCUGUAGAGGAAGUUGAAGAAGAGGUAAAAUUGGAAUUAGAAAUGGCAGCACGUAGGAAACGUGAAGAAGAGCUUCUUCAGGGUGCUAUUCAGGACUUUCAGUUUCUUAUGUUAGACAAAUCGAAGAAACUGAAAUGGGAUCCGUGUUUGCCCCUGAAUUUAGGAAGCUGUUUUCUAUUACAAAAUGAAAUCAACAAGGCAGAUGAGGAAUUUAAAACUGUGUUAGAGAUUAUUAGCGCUAGACCGCAGCUGGUUGCAGAUGGAGAGGCCGAGCCGAUCUCAGAUGUGGAAUCCAUAGUAAAGGUACUAAAUCUCAAGAAGGAUAUUCUAAAGGAAAUCAGGGGGCGUCUCUUCUUGGAGGGGAAGCAGCAACAAUCACAGGACUCCCAAACAAUAUAG